UAUUUCGUUACCAUCCUGUUCAAUAAAAAUGUGCCUUAGUUGUACAAUUGAACCAGACAUCUUAAAUCUAACUUGUAAGAUUGAUAAACUCCAUCUGCCAGUUUCUAUCCACAACAAUUUCGGAAAGGAAGUUGCAUUCUGUAGUCUUCCUUUCCCGUCUCCGUUAUGCAUAUCAGGUAAUAAAAAUACAACUGUACGACAAAACAUUCACACAAAUGAAACUGUGGUUACAAUCAGAGAAAUAACCGAUCAAAGAAUAAAUGGUAACUGGUCAUGUCUGCACGGAUAUGGAAGAGAUAUGUAUGAAGCAGAUCUUGAAAUCAACAUUCCAAUAUUAGAAGGACAACACAAAAGAGAACAAACUGAGGGUAAGAUAACAGUAUCUAAUUUAAUUCUGUAUUAG